AUGUAUCCCACCACGGCCAAAACCGAGAUCCCCCCUCCCCCGCCCAACGAGUCGAUCCUCCUCUCGUUCCCGACGCCCAGCAUCCUCCUCGUGACCAUCAACCGCGUGCGGCAGAUGAACUCGAUCCCCUUCCCCGUGCACUGGCACAUGCACCGCGUCUUUGAGUGGUUCGAUCGCGAGCCGACCCUGCGCGUGGCCAUCAUCACGGGUGCCGGGCCCAAAGCCUUCUCCGCCGGUCAGGACUUGAUCGAGCUCGGGAAGCGCGAUCCCAAGGAACUCGAGGAGAAGCCGUACCUGGGUAUGCACCCGCCGUCGGGGUUUGCGGGCAUCAGUCGUCGGACGGGCAAGAAGCCCAUCGUCGCGGCGGUUAACGGGUAUGCCUUGGGCGGCGGGUUUGAGAUUGUUCUCAAUUGCGACCUGAUCGUCGCCUCCCCCAAAGCCACCUUCGGCCUACCCGAGACGCUGCGCGGCAUCUACGCCGGCGCGGGGGGGCUGCCCCGGUUGGUGCGCAACGCGGGCCUCCCCAUCGCGUCCGAGGUGUCGAUGACGGGCCGCGUCCUCUCGGCUACCGAGGCGCUGCAGUACAACGUCGUCAACCGCGUGUCGGCGACGCACGAGUCGUGCGUGCCCGAGGCCGUCGAGCUCGCCCAGAAGAUCGCAGACAUCUCGCCCGACGCCAUCAUCGUCACCCGCGCCGCCCUCCGCGAGACCUGGGAGACCGGCUCCGUCGAGCGCGGAUUCCAACUCGUCGACGAACGACUCAAGAGAGGUCUGCACGAGAGUCCCAACUCCAAAGAGGGGUUGGCCGCGUUCCGCGAGAAGAGGAAGCCUGUCUGGACGGCUUCGAAGUUGUGA